AUCCGGGUUUCCCACACUGCAGGACAUCUGGCAUUGGCUGGACAUCUGCUUGGAGGUAGCUUCCCUGUUUCAAAGUUGAGAUAAUAACCUGUCUUUUAGGUAAUUCUAUUUUCCUCACAUUUUGAUCCAACAUUACAAAGGUCCAGGUGUCUAACUUAAUGACUUUCAUUUUUUCCAAGAAGUGUUACAAAGAUAGCGGACUAGCACAUAGAUGGAUUCAGCUCCAGGUUGGUGACCCCAGGACUAAGUAGAAACCCCAUCUGGUGAGACGGCUAGGCUGAUUACAGAGGCUGAUUUGAUUUUUUUUUUCCUUAGACAUGUUGUGUGUGUCCUGAUUAAAUUCAGGGCUUGAAGAUGAUUGGAUUAACAAGAUAGCUCUGCUCGGUGGGGCCCUGUUGUUCGUCUGUCUUCUUUUGCUGUUCUUGUGCUGGCCAAUUAGCUGACAGCCGGACUCACUUCUAGUUCCAGUUCUAAGGUGCAGUGGUCCUCACCUUGGACUGCAUCAAAGCACACAAGCCGCUUUUAAAAAUGCAGAUGCAUGGGCCCUUCUAAUGGAUCAGAAUUCCUCAGGAGUGGAGCCUAAGCAAGUGCAGUCUGCUAGUGCCAGCCACGGCACAUCACUAGUCACAAGCAACAGAACAUUGAGGAGAACAUGACCAUAGCCAUGGAAGAGGCUCCGGAGAGCUUUGGCCAAGUAGUGAUGCUCUAUAUCAACUGCAAGGUGAACGGACACCCUGUGAAAGCCUUUGUUGACUCAGGUGCCCAGAUGACCAUAAUGAGCCAGGCUUGUGCGGAGAGGUGUAAUAUAAUGAGGCUGGUGGACCGUCGGUGGGCAGGGAUUGCCAAAGGAGUAGGCACCCAGAAGAUUAUUGGAAGGGUACAUCUAGCUCAGGUUCAAAUUGAAGGUGAUUUCCUGGCAUGUUCUUUCUCUAUACUUGAGGAGCAGCCCAUGGACAUGCUUCUGGGACUAGACAUGCUUAAAAGGCAUCAGUGUUCCAUUGACCUCAAGAAAAAUGUACUGGUGAUCGGCACCACAGGCUCACAGACCACCUUCCUUCCUGAGGGAGAGCUACCAGAGUGUGCCCGGUUGGCAUAUGGGGCUGGGCGAGAGGAUGUGCGGCCAGAGGAGAUUGCAGACCAGGAAUUAGCAGAAGCCAUUCAAAAAUCAGCAGAGGAUGCAGAGAAAAGUGGUAAAGAAUCUACCUCACUGGGAAUGUCAUCCUUACCAACUUCAGAUGGAUUGAACCAUCCAGCCCCUUCUUCAGGACGGAGUCCUGAGAUUGGCAAUCCUACGAGUCUUGCUCGCUCUGUCUCUGCUUCGGUCUGCCCUACCAAGCCCAGUGACCCAGAUAGCAUCGAACCUAAAGCUGUGAAGGCUUUGAAAGCUUCAGCUGAAUUCCAGAUAAACUCCCAAAAAAGAGAACAUCUUCCUCUGCAAGAUUUUUCUGGUCCUGCUUCCUCUACAGACCAGUGUCCAGCUAUGCCUUUGCAUAAUUCAUCAGAAGAAGCAGUUGUUGCAGAUAAUCUGGAGAAAUCUGCUGAAAGAAGCACCCAGGGCCUCAAAUGUUGUCUCCACACAAGACAGGAAGCUAGUUUAUGUGUCACAGCUACAAGGAUGCAUGAGUCACAGGUGGCUGUAGGUGAAAAGAGUCGGCCUCCAGAAAAUCAGAACCUGAGUCAAGAAAGUGGCUUUCAGCCUCACGAAGAACCAGAGAACGAACCACAUGAAGCUGUACAGCAUGAUGCUCCACGUGACCAAGAACAUCUUUGUGACAUGAGGGACCUUCAUGAACUUCCUGAAGAGAGGCAGCAGGACCAACAAGAAAUAUCUUUGGAAACUACAGUGAAAGGAGAUGGGCUACAGCAGAGUGUGGAUCUUCAAAGUACAAAAGAAAGUUUCCUACUUUCAGGACGCUUUGGCUGCACAGAUUCAGAAACGCUUAUGGAAAUAGAUGUAGUCGAACAGUCCCUAGUUGCUGUACUUAACUCAGCAGGCAGCCCCGAGAGCAUUGGUGCAUGUGACCUCCCUUCAGGUAACCCCCUGAUGGAAGUAGAAACAUCAAAAUGUAACCCCUUGCCGGGAAGUCUCAAUAAUUCUGUUUCCACUCAGGAUUUACAGCCCCGAGAAAGCAGUGCUGAAAGGUCUGGGACAAACAACGAAUGUAGCAGCUACCCCCACUCUCUGAGUCUCUGUGGCAGUUGCGAGCCCUCUGUGGAGUCAGCAGAAGAGUCUUGUUCAUCUGUAACAGCAGCCUUGAAAGAGCUUCAUGAACUUUUAGUCAUUAGUAAUAAGCCAGCUUCUGAGAGUGUGUCUGAAGAAGUUGUCUGUCAAUCAGAAAAAGGAGCCAAGAGCCAAACAGGUAUUAAGGGCUUUUCAGAAAGAUGGACACAAAAUGAGCAUCUGAGCCACAGUGAACAGUGUUCACAAGUCUCCUUUUAUCAGGCCAGGUCUGUAUCAGCCAAGAUGGAAAACUUGGGCACUGUCCCUGGAACUGGAAUCGAAGGUGUAGGAAAUACUAACUUCAGGGGUCCAGGUGAUAGCCUGUUGGCUGACAAGGAAAGUGUCCCCAAAUCUAGGGAGUCAGGAAGUGAGAGCAGCUGUGUCACUGUACCCUCAGCUGAAUCAUCUAAUCAGUUACACUGUACUUUAGGUGCAGAAAUUUCAUCCAAACUUGUAGCAGGAGAGGAGGAUGCACUCAGUCAGACUUCUGAGCAAACUUCGCCAUCCAGUUUCAUUUUGGUUAAAGACUUGGGUCAGGGCAGACAGAAUCCAAUAACAGCCAGACCUGAAACCAGAGAAAAUGUCUGCCCUGAAGCUGCAAGGCCGUUUCUCGAAUUAGAGCCACUUACCAGCCAUCCAUCGAGUCCCUCCAUUCUUCCACCAUUAGUCUUUCCUGCCACAGAUAUUGACCGGAUUCUCCGCGCGGGCUUUACUCUGCAGGAAGCUCUCGGGGCUCUGCAUCGAGUCGGUGGAAAUGCAGACCUUGCACUUCUUGUUUUGCUAGCAAAGAACAUUGUAGUUCCUACAUAACUAUGGGAAGGUGGGCUAGCCCGUACUCCAUUCCCUUAACCGAAGCUCCCGAUACACACACACCAUACACACACACGCAGUACAUGUAGAGACCUGCAAGCAGAAUGUUGAGCCAGAUUUUUUUUUUAAAGAUUUUUUUCGGCCAAAGUAAUUUAUGAUCUCUUGUCUGAUGAAUUUGUCUAUAUUACUUGUUAAAAUUUGGGCCUUUUUAAAUGUAUUGGCAGAAUGUGCAUACAAAAGCUUUUUAUUCUCUGAAGAUGAUGUAUUCUGGAAUAAAAUGGAGGUUUUGUGUAUAGCAUA